CUCCUUGACGGCGAAGACCUAGAAAUAUGGCGGUGGAUAAAACUCGUGUUAACAGGUGGGUGAGCCUGUGUUUGCUGCUGGUACUUGGCAUCUUCGGCCUCGUGCUUCUCCUACAACUGGCAGCCAAGGUGUUCGGGCCGUCAAAAUCUUCGUGUACAAAACAAGUAUGCUUGUCCAAGUUCCUUCAGGGGCCUCCUGCCUUCAACGACGAAGCACUGGCCUCCCACCUCAAGAGUAACUACUUCACUCCUUCCGCUUCCGUGGACUACAACUUGUCUGGUGUUAUGGGUUAUAAGAAGUACCAUCAUGAUGUGGUCGAUUUCAUUAAGGAAUGGUUCAAAAACAAGCGCAACGGCGUAUUCGUGGACCUCGGCGCUGGUGAUGGGGAGUACCGUUCCUUCACCCUCCCCCUCGAGAAGGACCUCGGCUGGACCGGAUUCCUGGUGGAACCGAAUCCCGAACUGUACAAGAAACUGCUGAAGAAGGGAAGGAAGGCCGUUAGUACGAGAGCAUGUGUGUCACCUUUUGCGUAUCCGUCUAAGAUGGAAAUGUCGUACCCGAAAGGCAGUUCGCAGGAUGAGGAGGCGGCCAUUCAACAGCUGGGGAAGACGAAGCUGCAUCAGCUGUGGCAGGAGGACAUCGAGCUGGAAAAGUUCGAGGUGCAGUGCAUCCCCCUCGAGAAUCUCGUCUACGCGGCGGGCAUCACCUCCUCGAUUGACCUCCUGGUGCUCGACAUGUCUGGCACUGACCUUGACCUCCUACUCAACACGAAGCUCGAGAUGGUGCCGGAUAUGGAGAUGAUUGUUAUCAACUCCAACGGAGCGGACCUUGGCUCCGACGUCGGGGGCUAUUUCCUAGAACGGAAUAUGGUCGUCAAGAAAAUCCUGGGUACCAGCCAGGCCGAUGUCACGUACAUUCUGGCCAAAUUCGACGCGCGAAGAGAUCUCUAGAAAAGUGUUUGUAAGUGUGGGUCGUGGCUUCGUUUGGAGGCGUGGGCCAUAGCUUCGUUUGGAAGCGUGGUCGUGGCUUCGUUUGUAGGGCAUGGUCGUGGCUUCGUUGUAAGUGUGGCAUUUUUGUUAUUAUUAUUAUUAUUAUCAUUACUAUUAUGAUUAUCUUUACUAUUAUUAUUAUCAUUAUUAUAUUAUUAUCAUUACUAUUGUUAUCAUUAUCACUAUUAUUACCAUUGUUAUUAUUAUCAUUUUUAUUAAUACUAUUUUAAAGUUUCUUUUAACAGCUUUGUAUUCUUAGAGAUGAAACACAUGUACUUUGAUCAUGAAUGUGAAUAUUAUCGAUUGUGAAUCUGGAAUGUUUCUGAAAAUAUAUUGCCAGUGAAAUAUGUUUAUUGAUCCUUAACUGUCACCAAAUAUCAGCGUAUUUUUACCUUAUUUUUCUUUUCUUUUCUUUUUAUUUUUCCCCUCCCUUCUCCUCCCCUACCCCCUAUACCUCUUUACCUCUAUCUAUCUAUCUAUCUCCGUCUA